AUGGAGCGUGAGGCCCAGGGAACUCGUGACGCCCAGUUCGAAAGUCCCGCGACUGGCAGUGGCAUAAUCAUCGACGGGAUCGACCAGCCCCAGGCUCAGAGCCCACCCUUCGUGGAGGCUCGUGAUGCCCAGUCAGGAAGGGAUGACCCUCCUCCUGCUGACCCCACUCCUGGUCUGAAGGCUCGUGAUGCCCAGUCCGGAAGGGCUGACCCUCCUCCCGCUGAUCCUACUCCCGGUCUGAAGGCUCGCAACCCCCGGGGCGGCGGCAUCAUUCCCCCUACUGAGGCCUAG